AUGGGUUUUCUAAGCUCCCGUGCGUACAACAGCGGCGCAUCAUGCAGUCAAGUCAUUUUAAAGACUGAGAGUAAUGAGCCUUUCGUCGGAAACCUGAGUUUCCAUCACUUCAACAUCAUUCUGUCGGGGUCGUGUACCGCUGUCACCUGUGUGUUGAUGUAUGGUCUGAUGGCUAUGCACGCACUCAGAUUCAGUAACCCGAACGAGCAGUCGAAGAUUAUGCGAAUUGCUCACAUGCUGCCGGCAUACUCAAUUCUCUCCUUCAUCGCUAUUGUUUGGCCCGGCACUUAUGUCUACAUGACCGGAUGGGUCGAAGUCUUCCAAGCAAUUGCUCUCUACGCCUAUCUCAUGCUUUGCGUCGACUUCCUGGCGCCACGCGACCAAGACAAGAUCGACUUUUUCACAUCGCUCAAGGUGCCCAAGAGCUUCAAGAAGGGGAAAUACAGAGAGGGGCUGUCUUGGUUCAAGCUUACCUACUACAGUGUGGUCCAGUACCCGCUAGUGGUCUUUAUUUGCGCUAUUGCUGCCUGUGUGACGCAGUCGUUGAAUGUCUAUUGCCUUGACUCGAAUUCUCCCAAGUAUGGGCACAUUUGGAUUGAAGUGUUCCAAAACCUCUCCGUGUCGUUCGCUAUUAAUGCGAUCUUCCGCUUCUACACAAACACCAAGGCAUACUGCAAAGAGGCGAAGCCUUUGUUGAAACUAUUAGCCUUCAAGCUUAUGGUCGGCCUGAUCUUUAUCGAGCAGAUCGCCUUCAUGGUUCUCGAAGCAACGAAGGUUCUUUACCCCACCAAGACCAUCAGUUAUGCCGAUAUCAAGAUCGGGCUACCCAACCUGAUCAUUUGCUUGCAGAUGGUCCCAUUCUCCAUCCUCAUGCAUUUUGCCUACGACACGAAACCGUACAAAAUCCACGAACACCCCGACCUCAAGCUGGAGCGUCCCGACUCCAACGAAGGCUUUCCCGUCGAGCAGGCCCGCAAACGCUACCAGCACGGAUCCUACCAGGGGGGGCCCUUUGGGAAUCAAUGCCUGGAUCAUGUUCUGCAAUCCAUUCGAAUUUAUCAGUGA